ACCACCCGCUGGGCCUUCCUAAACUUUAUAGAGACGGAAAAACGUAUUUGCUCCAGAGAAAAGAAGGUUACACAUUUUUGAAGCAGGUUAUAAUUGUAGCUGAACAGUUUCAACAAUAUGUCCAAAAGCUGUCGACUGUUCUGCGGAUUCCUUUUGAGUUUCAUUGGCUGGAUUGGACUCGUAAUUGCCACCGCCACCAACGACUGGGUCGUAACCUGCAAGUAUGGGAUGCACACUUGCAAGAAGAUGGAUGAACUAGGCUCCAAAGGGCUGUGGGCUGAAUGCGUGGUUUCCACUUCUCUUUAUCACUGCACAGCCCUAAAUCAGAUAUUCGUCUUACCAGCUUAUAUACAGACGUCGCGGGCGCUCAUGAUAGCUGCUUGCAUUGCGGGCGCUCCGUCCUUGGUGCUGGUUAUGAUGUCCCUGCCGUGCGUAAAGCUGGCGAACGACAGUGACCGAGCCAAGCACAAACGCGCAAUCCUGGGAGGCGUCCUAAUUUUGUUCACGUCUAUCUGUGGUAUCGUGUCUACCGUGUGGUUCCCAAUCGGAGCCCAUCGCGAGGAGCACCUGACCUCCUUCGGCCUCUCACUGUACUCGGGCUGGAUGGGGGCGGCUCUCUGCUUCCUGGGCGGAGCCAUCAUGACCUGUUGCUCCGGCGGAGGAGGAGGAGGAGGAGGAGACGAAUUCCACCAUCGGCACCAGAACCGCUUCUACUACUCGAAGCAUAGCGACACAGCCAACUCCAUGCCACUCGCAGCCAAUCAUGCCAAGAAUGCCCAUGUGUGAGAAGGAUGGAUACGACAGACAGACAGACAGACAGACAGACAGACAGACAGACA